AUGGCGAUGGACACCGGCGGCAACUCGCUGCCCUCCAGCUCCGACGGCAAGAAGAGAAAAGUGGCAUACUACUACAACAAAGAGAUCGGAGACUACUACUACGGUGUAAAUCACUUGAUGAAACCUCACCGGAUCACCAUGGCUCACAACCUCCUCCAAAACUACUCACUCUUGAAGAAAAUGCAGCUCAUCAAACCCAGAAAAGCCACUUUCCCUCAACUCUGUGGUUUCCACUCCGAUGAUUACAUCCACUUCUUGAGACGCAUCACACCUGAGACUACCGACGACUACGCCGACCUCUGCACUAGGUUCAACUUGCUUGAAGAUUGUCCUGUCAUCAAUCAUCUCUAUGACUUCUGCUUAACUUACGCCGGAGGAUCCAUCUCCGCCGCCACCGGUCUCAACAAACACAGCUGUGACAUCGCCAUCAAUUGGUCCGGUGGUCUGCACCAUGCCAAGUGCGCUUCCGCCUCCGGCUUUUGCUAUGUCAAUGACAUCGUUCUUGCCAUUCUUGAGCUCCUCAAACACCAUCAGCGGGUGUUGUACGUAGACAUAGACGUACACCACGGUGACGGUGUAGAAGAAGCUUUCUACACGACGGACAGAGUAAUGACGUUGUCCUUUCACCAGAGAGACCUCUUCCCCGGCACUGGCCAUGUCAAUGACAUUGGCCACAAGAAGGGAAAGUACUAUGCUGUGAAUGUUCCAAUGGAACGUGGCAUCACUGAUGACAACUAUCACACUCUGUUCAAGCCUAUUGUCUCUAAAGUGAUGGAGGUUUACCAGCCUGAGGCUGUGGUUUUACAGUGCGGUGCUGACUCUUUGGCUGGUGACAAGCUUGGCUUCUUUAAUCUCACCAUUAAAGGUCAUGGAGAGUGUGUCAAGUUCUUGAGGUCCUUUAACGUCCCUCUUUUGCUCCUUGGUGGUGGUGGCUAUACUCUCAGGAAUGUUCCAAGAUGCUGGUGCUACGAGACAGGAGUUGCUGUUGGAGUUGAGCUGGACAACAAGCUUCCACGUAAUGACUAUAGCGAGUAUUUUGGGCCCAAUUACACUCUUCAUGAUCCACCAGCAAAAACAUUUGAGGACAAGAACUAUCCGGCUGAUUUGGAGAGAGUCAAAGCAAGAGUUUUGGAUAACUUGUCAAAACUGCAGCAUGCUCCCAGUGUUCAGUUUCAUGAGAGACCACCAGAUGCUGACUUGGAGGACACUUUAAAUGAAACUUGUUAGAUAUAUAUAUAUAUAUA